AUGUCCGCCCCCGCAGACAAGAAACCCGCCGCCGACUCAGCGGCAGAGAAAGUAUCCGGCGCGGAACUCAAGAAGAAAGCCAAGGCUGAAAAGGCCGCCCGUCGCGCCCGCGAGCGCGCCGAUCGCGAAGCCACCGGCGGGGCACCCGGUCCCAAGGACGGAGCGGGCAAGAAGGGCGCCGGCGCGGGGGGUGCAGCCGGUGGUAAGGACGCCGGUGCGGGCGGUCAGAAGGGCCAGCGUCAGCAGCAGCGAAGGGGGUCGACGCAGGGCGGCACCGAGGCGAAGAAGCGGCCCGUGGAGAACAAGAAUGUCGCCGUCUUUGGGCAUCUGUAUGGACAGCCGCGGCGCACGAGCGUCGCGGGUGCUGGGAAGGAGGUGCAUCCGGCUGUGUUGGCACUGGGUCUGCAGAUGAGGGACUAUGUGGUGUGUGGGAGUAGUGCGCGCUGCGUUGCUACCUUGUUGGCUUUCAAGCGGGUCAUCGAGGCGUAUACCACCCCUCUCGGAACUUCGCUCUCCCGACACUUGACCACCCACCUCUCGCACCAGAUCACCUACCUCUCGACGUGUCGCCCGCUGUCCAUCAGCCAGGGCAAUGCGAUCCGCGCCCUGAAACUGGAGAUCGCGUCCAUCGACCCGUCCGUCCCCGAGGCCGAAGCCAAGGCCGUUCUCAGCGAAUUUAUCGACAGCUUCAUCCGGGAGAAAAUCACAGUCGCGGACCAGGUGAUCGCCGGCAGCGCGGCGCAGAAGAUCCAGGACGGCGACGUCAUCGUCACGUACGCGGGCAGCUCGCUCGUCAAGCAGACGCUGCUCGCAGCAGCCCGCGAGGGCAAGCGAUUCCGUGUGUCGGUGAUCGACUCGCGCCCGCUGUUCGAGGGCAAGAACCUGGCGCGCACGCUAGUCGCCGCGGGACUCGACGUGCAGUACACGCUUGUCCAUGGCAUCAGCCACGCCAUCAAGGACGCCACCAAGGUGUUCCUGGGCGCCCACGCUAUGACCAGUAACGGCCGCUUGUACUCGCGGGUCGGAACGGCCCUUGUGGCCAUGUCGGCUAAGGAGCGCGCGGGCGGCGUCGAGGUGCCCGUCAUCGUGUGCUGCGAGACCGUCAAGUUCACGGACCGGGUUGCACUAGACAGUAUCGUGGUCAACGAGCUCGCCGACGCCGACGAGCUGGUGGAGGUGCAGGCCCCGCAGCAGCUGACCGGGCUACCCGACCCUGCCGCCGCCGCCGCCGCCGCCGCUGCCGCAGAGCAGGAAACCAAGAAGGGUGGGAAGUCCAACCAGACAGCGCACAGUGCUCAGAAUGCGGGGACCGAAUUUCCGUCCGAUGCCUCACCGCUGGCGAACUGGAAAGAGACGCCCAAUCUGCAGCUGCUGAACAUCAUGUACGAUGUGACACCGGCGCAGUACGUGGACAUGGUAGUGACGGAGAUGGGGAGUCUGCCGCCCAGCGCGGUGCCUAUUGUGCACCGGAUGAGUACGAAUAUGUGA